AACGUGUAGCCACUGCCAGACCAAGACGCAUGUCAGAGGUUAAUACUGCCACAAAAAUACAGCCCAUACCGGAGGGUUCAUCAUUCUUCUUAUUUUCCACAAACAAACAGGUUUCGUGUUUUUUGUCAUAAGUUGUGUAACCACAGCAAUUUUGGUAAUUUCAUACUGUGCUGCAUUAUGUUUUCAUCGGCCAUGUUAGCUGCGGAAAAUCCCUUAAAAGCAGACGCAAGUAGGAACCUUGUUUUAAACAAGUUUGAUUACUUUUUUACGGCUGUCUUCACAAUAGAACUGUUGCUUAAAUUGAUUUCAUAUGGCUUCGUCUUACAUGAUGGAGCAUUCUGCCGAUCAGCCUUCAAUUUAUUGGACUUGCUGGUCGUUUGCGUAUCGCUAAUAUCAAUUGGUUUCAGUUCGAAUGCGAUUUCAGUCGUGAAAAUAUUGCGUGUACUGAGAGUUUUAAGACCUCUAAGGGCUAUAAAUCGCGCUAAAGGCCUAAAGCAUGUAGUUCAGUGUGUAAUAGUCGCAGUAAAGACUAUCGGAAACAUUGUCCUUGUGACAUGCCUUCUACAAUUCAUGUUUGCAGUAAUAGGAGUCCAAUUGUUUAAGUAUGUGGUAAAAUGCGUUGUGGUAGCAAUAAAAACGAUAGGAAACAUAAUGCUGGUUACUUACUUGCUACAGUUUAUGUUUGCUGUGAUUGGGGUUCAACUUUUCAAGGGGAAGUUUUUCAAAUGUUCGGAUGGAUCUAAGAUGCUUGAAGCAGACUGCCAUGGAACGUAUUUGAUUUAUGAAAAUGGUGAUAUAAACAAGCCUAGACUGAAGGAGCGAGAAUGGAAGAAUAACAAAUUUCAUUUUGACGAUGUGGCAAAAGCAAUGUUGACUUUAUUUACGGUAUCAACGUUUGAAGGAUGGCCCAACCUUCUUUAUGUAUCAAUCGACUCAAAUAAGGAAAACGGAGGACCGAUUCAUAAUUUCCGGCCAAUAGUUGCUGCUUAUUAUAUUAUUUAUAUCAUUAUUAUUGCCUUUUUUAUGGUUAACAUAUUCGUCGGUUUCGUGAUUGUCACAUUCCAAAAUGAAGGAGAGCAAGAGUACAAAAAUUGCGAGUUGGAUAAAAAUCAACGCAAUUGUAUAGAAUUCGCAUUAAAAGCAAAGCCAGUGCGUCGUUACAUACCAAAGCAUGGCAUACAGUACAAAGUGUGGUGGUUUGUGACAUCAUCAUCAUUUGAAUACUCAAUAUUUGUUUUAAUCAUGAUAAAUACCGUAACAUUAGCCAUGAAGUUCCAUAAACAACCUGAGUAUUAUACGGAAAUAUUGGAUGCAUUAAAUAUGAUAUUUACAGCUGUAUUUGCACUGGAAUUCGUAUUUAAACUGGCAGCAUUUCGUUUCAAAAACUAUUUUGGUGAUGCCUGGAACACGUUUGAUUUUAUCAUUGUCCUUGGAAGUUUUAUAGACAUUGUAUAUAGCGAAAUCAAAACCAAGGAACAAGUAUUGACUACACCGUGCACGGUAAUGCAAGGUUGUAAGCCAAAGGCCAAAGGCGGCUCCACAUUAAUUUCUAUUAACUUCUUCAGGCUAUUUCGUGUCAUGCGCCUCGUUAAAUUAUUGAGUAAAGGUGAAGGUAUUAGAACAUUAUUAUGGACGUUCAUUAAAUCGUUUCAAGCACUACCAUAUGUAGCGCUCUUGAUUGUGAUGCUUUUCUUUAUAUACGCCGUUAUUGGAAUGCAGGUCUUUGGUAAAAUCGCACUAGACGAUGAUACGGCAAUACAUCGGAAUAAUAAUUUUCAAACAUUUCCGCAAGCAGUUUUGGUGUUGUUCCGUUCGGCAACCGGUGAAGCCUGGCAAGAUAUUAUGAUGGAUUGUUCCCCACGCGAUGAAGUAAAAUGUGAUGAAGAAUCAGAUUCUCAUCCAGGAAAUUGUGGUUCCAGCAUUGCUUUUCCCUAUUUUAUAUCAUUUUAUGUUCUUUGCAGUUUUUUGAUUAUAAAUCUUUUCGUUGCUGUUAUUAUGGAUAAUUUUGAUUACUUGACAAGAGAUUGGUCCAUUUUGGGUCCCCACCAUUUGGACGAAUUUAUACGUUUAUGGAGUGAAUAUGAUCCCGACGCUAAGGGACGGAUCAAACAUUUGGAUGUAGUCACACUAUUGAGAAAAAUUUCUCCACCCUUAGGAUUUGGAAAGUUGUGUCCUCAUCGCAUGGCUUGCAAAAGAUUGGUUUCCAUGAAUAUGCCCCUGAAUUCAGAUGGCACGGUAUUGUUUAAUGCAACUUUGUUUGCUGUAGUACGCACAUCAUUAAGUAUAAAAACAGAUGGUAAUAUCGAUGAUGCGAAUGCUGAGUUGCGUGCAACAAUUAAACAGAUUUGGAAACGAACUAACCCUAAACUGCUGGAUCAGGUUGUACCACCGCCCGGGAAUGACGAUGAAGUUACGGUAGGAAAAUUUUAUGCUACCUAUCUUAUACAGGAUUACUUCAGGCGUUUUAAAAAACGCAAAGAGCAAGAAGGAAAAGAAGGGGUAUCAGAAAAUAAUACAGUCACUUUGCAAGCUGGUUUGAGAACAUUGCACGAAGUAUCGCCUGCUUUAAAGAGAGCAAUAUCGGGUAAUUUAGAAGAACUUGCUGAAGAACCGGAACCAAUGCACAGACGUCAACAUACCUUAUUUGGUAGCGUUUGGUCUUCCUUCCGUCGACAUGGUGAUCAGCAAAAAACUCACGUAAAUGGUAAUAUUGGCGGAGGACCAGGUGAUAUGCAAAUGAGAUCCGAUGAUUCAAAUUUAGAAGGCGAUUACAUCUAUGAUUCUGUGCACUGUAGUGUGGCUGACGGCAUUAACCAUUUAACCAGAAACUUAAUGCAGACAAGAGUUAAUCAAAAGUUGACAAUUGCCAUUAACGGCGUGAACAAUUUAAACAACAACAUGAGAGAUAUAAAGGCUAAUGAAGAGUUGCGUUCUUAUAGCGAGGCAAUUUCUAUGAGACCUCUAAUGAUGAAAAGUGGUGCUGGAAGUGUUAGUGGUUUGAGCCCAACAUCGAUGUUAGAAUCUAACGACUAAUGGAACCAUAUCCAGUGAAGAACGAAUAAUGCCACCUGUGCCGCCAAGUCCAUAUUUAAGUCAGUUGCAGGGAAUAGAAAUGAAUGGUUUAGCAGAAAGUCUCGUUGGAGGUGU